AUGGCUGGUAGUAGUCGUUCAGUGAACUGUUCAACUGCACUACAGCGAUUGAAACAAGACUACCUAAGGCUUUCAAAGGACCCGGUUCCAUAUAUAACUGCAGAGCCACUUCCAACUAACUUGUUUGAGUGGCAUUAUGUCAUCAAAGGACCAGCUGAUUCACCUUAUAAAGGAGGUUAUUACCAUGGGAAACUUGUUUUUCCGAGAGAUUUUCCAUUUCGACCUCCUUCAAUAUACAUGAUAACACCAAACGGUAGAUUCGCAUGUAACACGAGACUGUGUCUAUCAAUAAGUGAUUUUCAUCCCGACACAUGGAAUCCUGCAUGGUCUGUUUCAUCUAUACUAACGGGCUUACUAAGUUUUAUGCUGGAGAAUACGUGUACCAUGGGUAGUGUUGUGACUUCAACAUGCACUAAAAAACAACUAGCCAAAACCAGCGGAGAUUUUAACCUGAAGUCUGAAAUUUUCUGUGAAUUAUUCCCUGGAAUUGUUGAAGAGAUUCGCGAAAAUCUGACAGCUGAAGAACUUCGUAGUAAACUUUUAAAUUCAUCAAAUCAACGUCAGUCACAAUCCGACGCAAGUACAAAUAACUCCGGCGUAAAUGGUGAAAAUAGAAAUGAAUGGCAUAUCUCCAAAUUAUUUGUCCUGAUCGUGUUUAGUAUAUUUGCUUUUCUUGUACAACUUGUCAUGAGAUUUUUAGAACCUAUGUGAUAAAUUAUCCAUACUUAAUCGGUUAUUUCAAGGCAUCAACACAUUAUGUCGACAUGGUAGUGAUAAGGUACAAUGGUGUGUGGAUAUUGUGUCACUUGUCUACUCUAUCGUUCUUUCAACUGUGUAUAAUUCAUGCAUAACUAUCCUCAGUGAUUAACUCUUGAUCUAAAUUUUUAAUUCUUAUUGUAACUAUUUUUAUUUUUUUCUUUAUGAAUCGG